UAUAACAAAAUGAGGAACACCGAUGUGUAAAUUCAACACAGUUAGCGAACAAACGUACCACGAAAUAAGUUGUACGUUUCUGAACAUAAUCUUAUGAGAAACUAACGCUGUUCAGCUAUGUGCCUAAGUAUUCUUUAUUCCACGGUGUUGGAUAGUAUUGGAUAGUAUUGGAUAGUAUUGGAUAGUAUUGGAUAGUAUUGGAUAGUUUAUUCGAUCAUGGAGGAUACGGAAACUCUUGAAAACGACGGUCAAGGUGGAAUCAUUUCCACAGAGGAUAUCUAAUUCAAGGCGAGAAUCAGACAGUGGAAGGCGGAUUAACCCUUGUAUUCCCUAAAAAUGGGAAACGUUACGCAGUCUUACAAAACACAGGCCCUCUAAAGUUCUGUCUUAGUCUGUACAAGGAUGAGAAAAGCUUCCUGAAGAAAGAGAAGAAGAGUUCAAAGGUCACUGAGAUGCACUACACGGCUAACAUCAAAAUUCAUUCGUUGGAGAUGAUGAUUGGAAAAUCGAGAAAACCACAGAAUAUAUUCAUCAUCGUACAUGGUAGUAUGCCUCGCUAUUUCAAACCUUCUAACGGGCCCCAUAGGUUGAUCCGAUCAAACCCUGUUGAGAUGAUGAACUGGGUACAGGGUUUUCAGAAGGUAGCUAAUGCAAUAGCACGUCGAGCUUCAUUGACCCCGAGUCCAAGGUCAAGCUCAGAAGAUGAUACCAAGGUCACUAGCAGGUCAAAUAAACCGAAGCGCCCUGACCAAGACAGUGGUAUUGAUAUCACACCGAUCACACCUCGAGCUUCAGACAUGUCAACCGAUCAACCUGAGAAGGGAGCCGAGAAUAGCACCCCUGAGGAAGACACCCCAGUCAACAUCCUACCAGAGGCCAUUGAAAUGGACAUCCCUGAAGAAGAUAGCGAUGAUGAUGUUGGUGCUACUGCCACUGGUGGUGGUGGGGGAGGAGGCGGCGAUGUCGAUGAUCACGAUGGGCCAUGUCGACGUUCACGAAUGGUGCUGACCAACGAUCGCUAUGAAGAGCAGUUUGUCUCUUCUAAAUCGAGCAUUAUCUCAAAGUCAACCUUCAAGAACUCCAAGUCAUUAUUUGAACCUAUCCAGGAAAAAGGACCCAAACCCGAACCUAAACCACGAACACUGAAAACCGUGGAAGAAAUCCGAAAUAACAUCGUCACCAUGAGGUUAUCCACAUGGCCUAACCGACCCGAGAGUGGGGAAGGGGAUCAGGCUAAAGAUCCGGACUAUCAAAAGGUGGUCGUCAAAACGCAAAGGCAACUUAGUGAACCGGAAGUAGUCGACAUCGAGCCAGACGGUUCCCCAAACACCCGACCGAAAAGGAAUCCUUCUGUUGCUAAAUGGAAGACGAUGGACUUGGCCAAAAACCUGGAGAAAGUUCUUGGGGACAAGCUGCCUAUAGGAACUCAUUCCCGUAGAAGUGUACAAGAAAGGCGGAUGAAACAAUCUCGACCAAUUACUGAGAAGAGGCUCAGUAAUGAGGACGACGAGGAUGAGGGCGGAGAUGAAGCAUCCUACGAGGAUCCCGAGAAUGAACCACCGUACGAUCGCCUGUCUAAAUUCCGACGGGAUAAAAAUCUUACCGAUGGGGCGGGCAUCGAUCAGGAUGACGACGAGAAGGUGAAUGAGGAGGACAAACGAUCCUCAGGUGAAUCGCUUCCUGAUAUCGAUAGAAAGAGACUGUACACUGACCCUAGCCAGAUCAGAAGAAGACCUCUCCCUCAUCCUAAUCAGGAGACGGAUUGGAAAGAUGUAGGGAACAUGGUGUACGAACAAUCUUGCCGAUCGUGUAAAGUCAGUGUGCCCAAAAGCGACGUCAAGAACGCGUUAGUUCUAGUUAAAGUCCAGGAUGAAUUAAUGAUCGCAGGGUGGAAGAACGAUGUCUCACACAAACUACACGGCAAGUUCCAUGUUGGUGACGUCAUAUUACAGGUCAACGAGAUCAUGGUUGACGAGAAUGGUCCAGAGUUCGUACUCGCGCUCAUCAAUUCAUCGGCCAAGAAUGAGAUCCCGUUUGUGAUAAAACGCCUUCCCUAUGCCUCGAUAAAGGAACUGAAUAAGACAGCAGAACAGACCAGCUGGGGUCUCGAGACACAUAAAAAUGAGAUCAAGGGUGUAAGCGGUCCAGCCCUUGACGGCGGUAUCACGCCCAAGACAUCGGCUGUGCUAAGCAGUAAACAGUGCGAAUGGGUCGUCACUGAACUUGCACACCAGCGAAUUCCCUCAGUCAAGUGCUCACAGGACGAGGUAAAGCAAAGACUGGAAGACCUAUCAAGUGAGACCAAUCUUGUCCUGAUCAUUCAACCACGUGACCUUAUUUCCGAGCUUCGAGAAGGGCUCAAACGAACCAAGCAUUCCUCCGAGUACUAUGUGUGAGAUCGGUACUGACAUUGCAGUGAGGCUCGCGGAAAAUCCUCCAAAGGGGAUUUUGACUUCGUCACCAAUUAUUCUCAUCACAGUAAAGGUGUUACUGAACUUUGUUGAGAAGAUAGAUUUUCGUGAACAGGGUGAAAGUUUUUAAUAGCGAUCUUCUUUGAAAAGAGAGGACCGAGAAUGAAUAAGUUGUAUUGUUAUUUAAUGUGAAUGAGUGUCAUUUUUAUUGAAAACGGAUUAGAGUAACUCGCUCGGCACAUUACUAGCGUUAAAAUACUUGGGACAAGUGACAGACCAUAUGACAACUGGCAGAGGCAGAAUGACUGAUUCGCUAGGAAGAAUGCCAGAUAAUUGAUAUAUAUAGAUGGUAAUCUUUUACAAAUUCAUACAUGACAAGAUGUUGUGGUAGGACAUAAUUAUUAAGGUAUUGUAGGUAAUAAUUAUACUUUUGCUUAUAAAGAGGAGAUGACAUAAACGACUCAAAUAAUCACUAAUAUUUUGUAUAAAUUUAUAUAGGGUCUAAAGGAAUUCACCUCUUUCAAAUAUGUCUAUGGUACAAAGAAAGAUCUUAUUGAUCGUUGUACAUUAUCAUUUGAUGCCACUGUAUUUAAUAUCAUAAAUAACAGAUGCAUGACUUUACUUAUUCUUAUUUUAUAUCGUAUACGUCCACUUGAAUUAACAACUUUUUUUACAUUUCACUGAUGACUAUGAGAACAUUUACAUCGUGCAGUAAAUGUUGGAUACUUAAGAAAAUAGGCAAUGCAAGACAGGCCUGAUGCAAGAUACACGUAACAGUCCUGAUAUAUAGUUUAAGGUGGCUGAAGAACCUCAAUCGACAACCAGUGCAUUUAUAUUGAUGUAUAACAAAGUUGAAACUGCUUUUAACAUAAUAUUGUUGCCGCUGGUACGGUUUUUCAUCAGGGAAUUGUUUGUCUAUAUAUAUAUAUAUACAUGUAGUAUGAUUCCGUCUCAAUGAUGUUCAAUUCAUAUGAUAGAGUAGAAUGUGAGGAACCUAUUGAAAAGCAGUGCUCGUAUAUUAAAGGUUCCUGAUAAAAUAGACAUUGUAAAUACCCUGGAAGAGUAGGAAGUGAGUAUACAUAGUGAUGAUACACCGAUGUUGCGGUAUAGGGAUUGAGAGGAGUGAUGAAUUAAGAAAAGUUAAAAUAUGUGUAUUUUAAAAAUAUACAUUGAGUGCCUACUUUUAUGACAUACACGCGGGAGAUGUACAGUACGUCAUUAUUUUAGCGUCGUAAAGGCUCGCCUUUAACCAUUAUGACAUAAAACAUGCUCCAUACAGAUGUCAGGCUAGAAUCAAAGUUGCUUCAAAUUAGUGGACUUUCCUCUGUCUCAGACCAGAUCACGGAUUAUAGAAAAGUAUGAAUAUUAAAGUUAUCUUACCUUUUAUCUCACUGUUAAAUGAAAACUAUACACUGGAUUGGGGAGGAGGGAAUUACCUGACCGCUUCUUAACUCCUUACAUUAGUGUUUACAUUAUACCUUGUAUAACUUUACAAGUACAAACGUAUCAAUUAAUUUCUAGGUUUAUUAUCGAGUAUAUUUGUUAUAUACUGUUAUAAAAUAGCAAGAUAAAAUAUUGGUAAACUAUUGGUUUGAUAUCAUCUGGAAAUAACAGGAAACAAUUGUUGAAUAGGAUUUUUGUGUAAGCAAUGUUUCUCUCUUGAUAAUAGAAUGGAGAUUGAAGAGUCAGGGGAUUGGUUGAAAUUCGUUUAUAGUCCUGCUAAAACUAAUUGAAUGUGUUUUCAAAUUGUUCUUAUCAUGACAGAUAGAGCACCUGCAGACUUAUGAUUCCAAUUGAUCUACCAAACAGCACUCUUAAGGGUAAAGGAACGGAGUAUGAUUGAUAGUUUUUUAAAUAUGAAUGACGAUAUUCGUUUGUAUUCACAUUUUUAAUUAAAUAAAUAAAGGGGCAUUCUGUAUGAAACGUUUUGUUCCAUUUUCGUCUCUGUA